UGGCGAGUAUCGCCAUAAACGUUAACAUUACGGAUACCAGUAAAGAACGUCGUUACUACAAAUAAAUAACACAGUUGAAAGAUAAAUAAUUUCUAGUUUAACUCAUAAUUGUACAAAAUGCGUGCUUGUGUGUUAUUGGCUAUUUUUGCCUGUUUCUUGGCCCUGGCAUGGUCUGCUGCAAUCGAACAAGUAGAAGAUAAUGAAAAGGUGCCCGCUAACGAUUUAUUGGCUGUUGAUGCUGGAGUCGAGAGUGGAGAUGAGAAGACACGUCAAGCUCGUCAAUUCAUAGCCUUUGGAUUAGGCAGUCCAUUUGGAUAUUAUGGCCGUCCGUAUUAUGGCGGCUAUUACGGACGUCCUUAUUACGGUGGCUACUAUGGCCGUCCCUAUUACGGUGGCUACUAUCGUCGUCCUUAUUAUGGUGGUUUUUAUGGCUAAAGUGGAUGUUGCCGAACUCAGUAUCGAAUAGUUUUAGUGAAAGUGAUAUUUAUUUAAAACACUAUGUUAAUUUAAUAAAAAAAAAACAAAUUUAAAAAAAUGAAAA